CUUCUUGCUUCUUCUUCUACCUUGCUUUUUAAUGCAAUUGGGCCUAAUACUUAUUAUCAUCUUCAUGUUUGGGCCUACCCAAAAUCCUCUUCUCUAGGGUUUUAACUGCAAAACCCUAUUUCUCAAAUGUACUAAUCAUUCAGCACAGCAGUGAGCAGGAGUUACUUAAAUAAUUGGGGAUGAAUUUCACCAAUUCCUUCGCCUGGCCAGAGGUAUGAGAAACGCCAUACAAAUUCAAUCCUCUACCAAAACAACUUAUGUUAAUUUCUAAAUUUUUUAGCUUUAAACUCACCAACCAAACAUUCAUUCAACACAUCUUCUUUAGCUUCUUUCCUUUCUCUUGUUUGAAUUUAUCUGCUUUCUCCUAGUAUCGCUUCCUAAUUUCUGCAUCUUCUAUGUUGUUUCGGAAAUUCAGCAAAACCCUGUCUUCAAAGAUGAUUGUCCGCCUUCAUAAUCUCUUCUUGUACCCUGCUGUUAUUGCAAGAGAUCCCACUCUUUUCCAUAUCCCUCUGCUCCAUAGAUUCUCAAGAAUCCACUUCUUCCACCGUUUUGAACUUCCCUUCAACAAUCCUGAGCUUUUUAUGCCUAAAUCCGCAGCUCAGCCGUCAGUUGCCCUUUCCAUCGAUGGAAUUCCACGUCUCGCCAAGUCUGAUGCACAGGCUGCGCUUUUUGAUUACUUGCAUUGUACUAGGGGAUUGAGCUUCCUGGAUGCCGAGCACAUAAGCAAGAACUCACCCCGCUUUCUUGGGGACCUGAUCGCUAAGGUGGAAAAGGAGCAAGAUGUGUCAAGAGCGUUGUCAAGGUUCUUCAGGUACCAUCCCAUCAAUGAGUUCGAACCCUUCUUUGAGAGUUUGGGCUUGAGCCCCACAGAAUUUCAAUCCCUUCUUCCAAGAGGCUUGAUAUUUCUCAAUGAUGAUCAAGUCUUGCUUGAUAACUAUCACACCCUUAGUGAUUAUGGCAUACCACGAAGUAAGAUAGGAAGGAUGUACAAGGAAGUGAAUGAGAUCUUCAGAUAUGAAUUUGGGGUUUUGGAUUGCAAAUUGAGGGCAUACGAGCACUUAGGUUUGAGUAGAUCAACUGUCAUCAAGCUUGUAACUUGUUGUCCCCUGCUUUUGGCUGGUGAAGUGAAUAAUGCAUUUAUAAGGGUUCUUCACAAACUGAAAGAAAUGGGCUUUGACAGCAACUGGAUUGGAAGCUAUUUAUCUAGCAAAAAGACAUACCAUUGGAAUAGAGUACUCGAUACAUUAUGUUUUCUUCGUGAAAUAGGUUAUAGUGAUGCUCAGAUGGGGGAUUUGUUUCGGAAAGAUACUGCGUUAUUAUUUGACGGAUCUGGGAAACAAGUCUAUGUAGUGGUUGGUGCUUUGCUUAAAUUGGGCCUUAAAAUGAAUGAGGUUUAUGCUUUGGUCUUGAAGAACCCGCAGAUUCUAUCGCCCAAGUGCUCCAAGAACUUCUGGAAGGCAUUGCACUUUCUCUUUGAGAUAGAGAUGGAACCAGAUAAUAUUGGGCAGAUUCUGUCUAUCCACUUGAAAUUUUUGGGUUCCCACUCUCUAAAAGGACCAAAGACUGUGUUGAGGAAUUUCAACGGUGAUAAGCAUAGCUUAUGUGAGAGUAUAAAAAAUGACCCGUCCACGUUUUUCAACUUGGCUUUUAAAUCAAACAUUUGUAAUGCUGAGUAUGUGGCGGCCAGGAAUCCAAGCAAUUUUGUGGAGAAAACAGAAUUUUUACUGAGAAUUGGUUAUGUAGAAAAUUCAGAGGAGAUGACGAAAGCUCUGAAGCGCUUCCGUGGCAGAGGGGAUCAGCUGCAGGAGAGGUUUGAUUGCCUGGUGCGGGCGGGUUUGGACUUCAAUGCAGUGUCAAGUAUGGUCAAACAGGCCCCGACAGCUCUAAACCAGACCAAAGAUAUUCUUGAAAAAAAGAUAGACUGCUUAAGAAACUACUUGGGAUAUCCGGUGGAUUCUAUAGUGGCUUUUCCAUCGUAUCUUUGUUACGAUAUGGAGAGAAUUAGUAGGAGAUUUUCUAUGUAUGCAUGGCUUAGAGAAAAAGGUGCUGCAAAGCCCAUGUUAUCAGUAAGCACGCUUGUUGCUUGUUCAGAUACACGGUUUGUAAAGUAUUUUGUAGAUAUACAUCCUGAAGGUCCAGCUGUGUGGGAAAAAUUGAAAAAAGCAUUGCCCUCAAGCUGAGAUCAAUUAUAAUAAUACAUAGGCAAUUCUUGGAUUGCACCUCUAUCGUAAUUUAUCAAUGUUUUUUUUUUGUUUUCCUUUUCUUUUUAAUUCCAACUUUUGCUACUUGAUAUGCUUUUGUAUUUUGAGGAAGACAUCUUAGGUGAAAAAAAACGCAAAUGUGAGUGGUG